AUAUUUGACCCUUGGACUUGGGGUUGGAGGCGUUUGAUCGAGGGGUAGCGCCUCAAAAAAUCAGCGGUCAGUGUGUGUCUGUAUUAUACGUAGAGAAUCAGGGUAGUCUUCUUACUCUCCGGCGGGUAGAAAGACCAAUUCGAUCGACCGAGCAGGAAAAUAAUGGCGGGAGGAGAAGCAGCGAUGGUGGUGUUGGAGGAGAAAGAUUUCAAGGCGUGCUGUGGAAGCACCAAAUUCGCUAAAGAGAUGGCCUCUGCAGCCCCCUUCUCCAACUUCGAUCACGCCCUAACCGCCGCCAGAGAUAUCUGGUUCAACAAGGUUGAUGUGAAUGGGUGGCUGGAAGCAUUUUCCGCUCAUCCCCAGAUUGGUCAGUCACCGUCUCUUCAUCACAACAGCUCCACCACUGCCCGGUGGAGCAAAGGAGAGCAAUCAACUGCUCUAGCCACUGCCACUGAUUCUGGCUUGCAGGAACUAUCUGAUUGGAAUAGUCGUUACCGACAGAAGUUUGGAUUUGUUUUUCUUAUAUUUGCCUCUGGGAGGACUGCCCCUGAAAUUCUUGCUGAGCUGAAGAGACGUUACCAAAACCGGCCAAUAGUUGAGCUUGAGAAUGCAGCCAUGGAGCAAAUGAAAGUAACUGAAUUGCGUCUUGCCAAGCUUUUUUCAGCUAAAGUUGAGGCGGCUUCAACUACUAAUGUCCAAUGCACGGUUGACGCCACAGCAAGAGCUCAAGAAGAUCGCGUGAGUGUCAUUGGAGCGCAUCUAACCGGUUCAUCUGAGACUCCUGUUGGAAAAUCGCAAUCAGUUGCAACCAGGACUCGUCCUCCCAUCACAACCCAUGUCCUGGACGUUGCUCGCGGGUCUCCUGGUGCUGGUGUAGAAGUAAGGCUCGAGAUGUGGAAAGGCAAUCAACCCCGUCCAACGUUUGGAGAUACCGAAGGGGGCAGCUGGGUAUUUGUAGGGUCUUCAACCACAGACAGAGACGGGCGAAGUGGUCAGCUGAUGAGUGUAGUCGACAAUUUGGAAGCCGGGGUCUAUAGGACAAGCUUCAAUACGGGUAAAUAUAACCCAGGUGGGUUCUUUCCGUACGUGUCGAUUGUGUUUGAAGUUAGGGAGUCACAGAAGCAGGAGCAUUUUCAUGUUCCUCUGCUGCUUUCACCCUUUUCUUUCACUACCUACCGUGGAAGCUAGAAUUUAAAAUAAUCAAUGGUUAAACUAAAGCCGGGUGUUGGCUUCUAAAUGUAUGAUAUGGAAUGCCUUUUUCUGAAGCGUUUUAAACAAUCCAGUAUCCCCCCUUCUUUGUAAUUGGCAUAUAAAUAUAUUGUAUUUAGUCAUGCAUUUCAGAGCAUGCUUUGCAAGGCCAAGCAAA